AUGAAAAUGCUAUCCACACUUCAAACACCACGCUCAACCCUCUCUCGUUUCUCUCUCCCAUCCACUUUCACUUCACACUCACACUCUCCAACUCUUCCACAACCCUCUCUCACCACACCCACCUCCCCACCCCAAUCCCAAAUCCUCUCCAUCCGCCACUCCCUCCUCACGCGCAACCUCUCCGCCGUCGACCUAGCCCGUUCCUACCUCACCCGCCUCCGUCUCACCGAGCCACACCUCCGCUCCUUCCUCCACCUCCCUGACGACCAGACCAUCCUCUCCCGUGCACAUGAGAUUGACCGCAGAAUCGCCGCCGGUGAAGACCCUGGUCCUCUCGCUGGUGUACUUGUUGCUGUUAAGGAUAAUAUUUGUACUGCUGAUAUGCCGUCAACAGGGGGGUCGCGGAUACUUGAGGGUUACCGGCCGCCUUUUGAUGCUACGGCGGUCAAGAGAGUGAAGGAGUUGGGUGGGAUUGUUGUUGGUAAAACUAAUAUGGAUGAGUUUGGUAUGGGUAGCACCACUGAAGCCUCUGCAUUUCAGGUGACCGCCAACCCAUGGGAUGUUUCUAGGGUGCCAGGAGGAUCAUCUGGAGGAUCAGCAGCUGCAGUUUCUGCCAGGCAGUGUGUUGUGUCGUUGGGAAGUGAUACUGGUGGAAGUGUGAGGCAGCCAGCAUCUUUUUGCGGUGUGGUAGGUUUGAAGCCAACUUACGGACGUGUCUCAAGAUUCGGACUUAUGGCGUAUGCGUCAUCACUUGAUGCCAUUGGCUGCUUUGGUUCAUCGGUUGCUGAUACUGGGAUUCUCCUCCAUGCCAUUGCUGGUCAUGAUAGAUUUGAUGCCACCUCGAGUAAGCAGGAGGUGCCCAACUUUCUAUCUCAUUUUGACUUAGUAAGUUCCUUGGAAAGUAAGCCGUUGAAGGGACUGAGAGUUGGUUUGAUCCGUGAAACUAUUGAAGAUGGUGUUGAUGCUGGAGUAGUUUCUGCAAUUCGUGCUGCUGCUUCACAUUUUGAGGAAUUAGGAUGCUCUGUGAAUGAGGUUUCACUGCCAUCCUUUUCGCUUGGGUUGCCAGCAUACUAUAUUCUUGCUUUGUCUGAAUCAUCUUCCAACUUGUCUCGCUAUGACGGUAUCAGAUAUGGAAACCAAGUUUAUGCUGAUGAGCUAGACUCUCUUUAUGGAGAUUCUCGAUCCAAAGGGUUAGGUUCUGAGGUGAAAAUGAGAAUUUUGAUGGGGACAUAUGCCCUCUCAGCUGGUUACUAUGAUGCAUAUUACAAGCGAGCACAACAGGUGAGAACCAUUAUAAAGAAUAGCUUUAAGGAGGCACUGGAUCAAAAUGAUAUCUUGAUUUCCCCUGCAGCUCCUUCAGCUGCUUAUAAAAUUGGUGAAAAGAAAAAAGAUCCUUUGGCUAUGUAUGCGGGUGACAUCAUGACUGUAAAUGUUAACCUAGCUGGACUACCUGCCUUGGUUUUACCAUGUGGAUUUAUUGAGAGUGGACCUGCAGGCCUUCCUGUUGGCCUGCAAUUGAUUGGUGCAGCAUUUGAUGAGGGAGAGCUGCUGAGAGUAGGACAUAUCUUUGAGCAAACUCUUGAGAAUGGCAGAUUUGUUCCACCAAUUGUAGCUGAUAGCGUUGAAUAAUGAGUUUAAGCGAUCAUUCUACAUCUUCAUGAUCCACAAAUAAUUUCAUCAGUUUUAUGACGAUGUGGUAACCAAAGCAGGUGUGUUUAAGCUGUUCAGUAUUUCUAAUGGUAUUCAAAAUGAUAACUUGAAGGAAAAUAUGGUUUUGACAUUGCAGGCAAUACUUAUAAAUGUUUUGGUCACACGCAACUGAAACUUGAUUAAGCAAGCUUGAAUGUUCCACUCUUUGAAAUUGAGAAUGUUCACAAUAAGUCAGUAACCUUUCUAGUUGCUUUCUGUUUUUUCUUUGUUGUUUUUGGGGAUCACAAGCCAUUGGUUAGCAUUUCUACCAAUAGUUAAUUUGUCUUAUGUAGUGUAAAACUAGCUACAUUGAUCAAGUGUAAAGGAUCAACUGGUCUUUCGAGUUCUCCAAACAAGUUGGCCUUGUAAUUUACAGUUGAGGAUUUCUUUCUUCAUUAUUUAUUAUUUAAAUUAUAAAACAUUUGGUUAACAAA